AUGGUGGUUGUACCUGAAUGUUCUCCAGAAUUGAAGCCCGUCGUUGGUCAGAAGUUCCUAUCACUAGAUUUUGCUUUUGGGUUUUACGAUGUAUAUGCCCGCGCUGUUGGUUUUGAUACGCGCAAACAAGGAAUGAGGAAGACGGACGAUGUUACAACUUGGUAUUAUGUUGUAUGCAAUAGGGAAGGCAAGAAGAAGUCAAACGAGGAUGACCAAUUGAAUGCAAGUUCUGGUUUUUCUGUGAAGCGCAGACGGUUAUCCAUGCGUUGUGGUUGUAAAGCGAGUAUAUCGUUCAAGUUCUUCUCCGAAGGAGGACUUCCAGGUUAUAUUAUUCAGGAGUUCAACGAGGCUAAUAUAGGCCCCACACUUACCUUUAAGGUGCUGAAGGAAAUUCUCGGUGGGUUUGAACUUGUCGGUUGCACUGUUGGAGAUAUCAUGAACGCUUCUCAAGACAUCAAAGCAUACUCACAUAGAUUCAACGUGCAAAUGGUGUUGGAUGAUAUGGCUAAGAAGAAGGAAAUGUCCGAGGCGUUCACAUAUCACUACGAAGUUAAUGCUACUAACCAGUUGGUUGCUCUCUUUUGGUGUGACGGUUUGAUGAAGAGGAAUUACCAUAUGUUUGGUGAUAUUGUGGCAUUUGACUCCACGUACAACAUAAACAGGUAUUGUAUGAUUGAUAAGGUUUCUUCACCCAAAAUGAUCGUAACAGAUCAAGACUUGGGCAUGAGAUCAGCUAUUGAAGCGGUUCUUGUUGGCACUCGACACCGAUGGUGUAUGUGGCAUAUAAUGCAUAAGUUGGCCACCAAGGUUUCAAACAGGUUGCUGAGGGACGAAGAUUUCAAGAAGGAAUUCAAUGCAUGCGUUUGGUCGGACCUGCUUGAACCCGACGAAUUCGAAGAGGAGUGGAAUGUAGUGGUGGAACGUUAUGGGCUAGAAGACGUUGACUGGUUCAACACAUUGUACGACUAUAGGCAAUUCUGGAUACCGGCGUACUUCAGAGAUUUUCCACUGGGUUCGAUAUCCGAAUCGGAGAACAGCUUCUACAAAAAUAUUUUGAAGCCCCGAGCUAACAUUGCCGAAUUCUACUUGAAUUUCAACAAUGCCGUUGAAUUUCAGCGGAACAGUAGAACAAAGUUGGACUACCACGAUGCAACUGCCCUGUCCAUAUUAGCCACUGCUUUGCCAUUCGAGAAACAUGCUUCGACGCUGUACACCGAUAGUAUGUUCAAGAAAAUACAAGAAGAAAUUGUUGAGGGUAAUGACAGAUGCCGCGUGCUUGGAUUUUCAUCUAUAGAUAUGGUUUACACCUACAAGCUUGGGGACAACAAUCGCAAUUCGUCCAUUGUUGACGAUAGGCAAACUGUUUCAAAUCAAGGGAUUUCGAUAUUUUAUGGUUUUGUUCGACGAUUUGAGACGGACAUUGAUGUGCUUCGUGCAUUCGUAGGUGGUGUGGAAGAACUUGGUCAUUCUCUUCAAGCUGGAACUCCUACAACGUUUGCCUCGGAAAAUAGGCGAAUGAUUGAAGAGUUUUAUGGAAUGGUAAGGCCUGGUGUAGUUGAGGUCCAUCCUCCGAAUGUUGUCAAGACCAAGGGCCACACAAGCAGCUCAGGGAGCCGUCUGAUUUCCAAGACAGAAAAGGCUAUAAAGGAGGCUACUAGGCCUCUUAGACGGUGUAAGGCGUGCGAUGAGAUGGGCCAUCACGACUCCAGAAAUUGUCCAAUUCUUAAAGAGAUGGCGAAGAAGAAAGAGCUUCGUAAGGGCAAGAGGAAAUGUUGA